UCGAGCCGCUUGUUUUCGCGUUUGCUGGAGUCAAAAGUGUUUUUAAGGAGAAAUGAUGCGAAUUUUCUAUCAUAAUAAAACACUCGUCAGUCAGAACAUACUGUUCUCUGUCUCACACACACACCUCAGUCUGAGUGCAGUUUGAGACGAAGACCUACGCUCGCCGACUGGGAAGUUUAAUCUUUCUCAAGAGCGAUGGAAAACAGUCAUCUGCACAUCUGAGGUUUUAAAGCAUUACGUCAUCAUGGCAAAGAAGAAAAUUGGAUUUAACUUUUCACUGAAAAGGUUAUGGGAAAAGCCCACUGGGAGAGAUGUGACGCUGGUUCAGAAGUUCAGGAUUUCAACGGCUAGUUUUGGCACACAGAAAUAGGAUGACCUACAAAUGGUAUUUGCUUCUUCCUGGUGGCACCAUGUUCCUGAUCUAGGGUGGGGGGGCGUUGCCCCGUUCUGCCAUGAAAGGCUACACCCCCCAACGCACCCGUCACCUGUCCAACUACGAGCCGCCCUGUUCUCCCAGUCGUCUGGACACUCUGUACACCCCCUCUGCUUCGUCCACCCUGUCUCACACCCCGUAUCUCCUUCCAGUAGCCAUGGACCACUACGGGGCCCUGGACCCCCAUCACUUCUCUCCGUCAGCCAGCCCGGGUGGCCUCCAACCCGACUGCCUGAUGCCAAUCAACAACCAGCUGUCGUCCAGUAGCACCUUCCCCCGCAUUCACUAUAACUCACAUUUUGAUCAGGGCGAGUUCGGUCACUCUGCAGGGGACAGUAUCGGGGGAAUCGGUACAGGGACGCUGGGGACGUCCAUGUCCAUGGGAAUGGGUGUCGGAGUCGGUCGGACUGCCAUGAUCACCAGUGGAUCAGCGACGAUAUCUGGGGCAGGAAAGAUGAACCGUUUACCCCCCAACAUCCUGGACCAGUUCGAGAAACAGUUGCCAGGGCAACAGGAUGGCUUCAGCACUUUACAGUUCCAUCGUAGCACGGCGGUGACAACAACGAAACAGCAACAACAACAGCGCACGGACAGUCCGGGAAAAAUACGCUAUUUAGUUCACUCCGUCCAGAAACUUUUUGCAAAAUCCCAGUCACUUGAAAAUUCCGCCAUGAAGGGUAACGUGAACAGCCGCAAUAGCAGAUCAUCAGACAGUAACGACAAACAUCGUCGGAGCAAAAGUAAAGACCGCGCAAAAAGUGAAGGAACGGCCAAACGGAGGCCGCGUUCCAAUAUGUCCGGUUACUGGAGCUCCGAUGAUUUGGACAGCGAUAUGAGUAACUAUAGAAACCCCAUGGCCAUGGUGACGUUGGGUCGGCAGGGGGUGGGAUCCGUGCCGGUGCCAGACAGCCAGGUGGCGUCCAGGUACAUCAUGCAGGGAUACAGCACCAUCAGUGAGCACACGCUCAAAUCUUCAAAAAGUAACAGCGACCUAAAGCACCAGGCACUCCCAGCACUCCCAGGACCAGGUGGAGGAGGUGGUGGAGGAAGAGUGGCAAUGCUUGACGGGAACUUUAGUAAAGGGUCACCCUGGUCCACGCUCACGUUAGGGCCCACCAGGCAAGUUUGCCAGAAGGGUUCGGCCACUCUUGAUCGCACCCUACUGAAGUCAAAGUCGGUUCAACAGGACAUGGGCUGCCACUACCUGCAAGUUCGAGGGAGGAUGCCCUCUACAGGUGAGUGGUUAGGGACUCCGGGCAGAAGUGGGACCAUGGGUGAGAUCCCCUGUAGAAGGAUGCGCAGCGGCAGUUACGUGAAAGCCAUGGCCGACCUGGAGGACAGUGACGACUCUGAUGGCAGUCCAACACCCUCACCGAAAACUGCCGCACGGAGGCAGAGCUACUUACGCGCAACACAGCAAUCACUCAGUGACCAGUUCACUUCAAGAAACCGUCUGCUGGACUAUUCGAUGCUGCAGGGGGAUCUGGAGGCUCUCUGGUCCCCCAUCCACAGCAUCACUACCCUACAGCAGAUCGGACGCUCUGUCAGUUGUCUUCCUUCUCUGCGAGAGUUCUCUGGGAAUCGUAGUCUGGAUAACCUGGACUGCAUCGGUGGCAGUUCUCCGUUUCCUAACUGGGAUGAUGAUGACUUCAGUCAGGGCUGCAGCACGCUUGGACGCAGUAGCUGCAUCAGUCAGGUGCGAGACAUGGAGGUGAGCCAGCAUUAUGCAGACGAGUCAUUUUUUGAAGACAUGCGUCCUCACUCACGGUCCAACGAGCCUCCUGAUAUGUCCAUGCCCACAUGCUUCCGAUCUCGUAGCCAUAGUUACCUACGUGCCAUCCAGGCAGGUUGUUCCCAAGAUGAUGACACAGCAUCAAUGGAUUCUGAUUCACCACCACCCACAACUACAACAACUGUACGCACCUACAGUAACAGCACAGUCUCCACUUGUAGGACCACCUGUAAGAAGGUGGCCCCACCCCCUGUGCCCCCCCGAACCACCUCCAAACCCUUUAUCUCCGUUACGGUGCAGAGCAGCACCGAGUCCGCCCAGGACUGCUACCCGGAAUACCAUGACCGCAAGAGCGAGGUCAACAGCCAAUCAGGACGCAGCAACUCCACAGACAGUCUGGACAGCACGCGGGCCAACGGUCUGUCCAAAGGGUCCCGACCCCAGCACCCUGUAGCGGCGCCCCGUGAACCGCAGAUCCCUGCGGCUGUGGUGAUCUCUCCCAAUCCUCUCCAUGAAUACCAUAAUGAGCAGGUGAAGGGGGAAGCCCUCGCUGCGGACGAGCCCCCGAUAGAACCAGUACCACGUCGAAAACUGUCAUCCAUUGGAAUACAAGUGGAUUGUAUUCAGGAAAUCCAGACUAAAGUCGAGACCCCUCCAUUGGCCAGAUUCCAGUCAAUUGGAGUUCAAGUGGAGGACAGCUGGACUUUCAGCCACUCCAGUAGUAUGGCCUCUCAUCAAGAGACUGACUCGGACACACAAGAUUUCUCUCUCACCUCUGUGACGACAUUCCCAUCCAAACACAAUGAGAAGAAAGUCAUGGUCAACAGCGCCAGCCAAUCAGUGGACUCGCCCCCCCUCGACAACGGUAACCCUGACGACGAUGUUACCGUGACGACCAGCGGCCCUUCCCGACAGAUCCUGACCAAUCGCUCGACCACGCAGAGCAGCUCCUCAUCGUUCUCGGAGAGUUUAGACCCCGCCCUGGACCCCUCCUCCUUGCCGCCGCCUGACCCCUGGCUGGAGAGCGGGAACGGGACGGGGAACGGAGGCUCCGCCCAGCCGUUCUCAGGGAUGACGGGUGUGUCAGCAUGCCAACGGGAUGGUCAUUGGUUCCUGAAGCUCCUGCAGGCGGAGACUGGUAGGAUGGAGGGCUGGUGUAACCAGAUGGAGAAAGAGACCAAAGAACAUCAGCUGUCAGAGGAGGUGUUGGGUAAGGUGCGUAGUGCGGUGGGCAGCGCUCAACUCUUGAUGUCCCAGAAAUUUCAGCAAUUCAGAGGACUAUGUGAACAAAACCUGAAUGUGAACGCAAACCCGAGACCCACAGCUCAAGAUCUGGCUGGGUUUUGGGAUCUUCUGCAGCUCACGAUAGAAGAUAUCAGCCUCAAGUUUGACGAACUUUAUCAUCUCAAAGCUAAUGACUGGAAACUAGAUGGAAACUCACCUGAGAAGCAGGAGAACCAGAAACAGGCUCCUCCAGUGCCCAAGAAACCUGGCAAGAGUAACCCAGCUCUGGGAAGAGAGAAGAGCAAUGACACGGUCGACAAACAGAGACAGGAAGCUCGCAAGAGACUCAUGGCCGCCAAGAGAGCUCAAUCCGUCAAACAGAACUCGACCACGGAGAGCACAGACAACAUCGAGAUCUACGUACCUGAGGCUCAGACGCGACUCUGAGGAAGAAAGAUCGUAGAGGAAGCAGAAAGAUGCUCAAGGGCUUGGUCAUUACACACUACAUCUGCUCCAGUAGGAAACGCUGCUUUUGUCUUUUGGCGGUAACAUUUGAUAAAAAGAUUUAAGAGAGAGAGAGAUUGUGACCAGAAAUGGAGUGCAAACGGGGCUCAGCAGGAAAGACUGCCAAGGAAAACCUCACAAAGACUCUUUAUUAGCUGCAAUCAUUAAUAUUAAUAUUAUUCUAAUUAAUAUUGAGAACUGCUAUUGAUAAUGAUAUUGUGUCCUAAAUUCAAUAUCAGAUUGUUUUAAUUGUUUUAAAUUAUUUUGGAUAAGAACUCCUUGAACGUCUAAAUGAAUAGCAACACUCACCUGUCCACCACCAAACAAACAAAUCAAAUGAAAGUCUUCCUAUUAUACACACAGAACAUCAUUUUCUUAUUCAGUAUUUGUCUUGUUUUCCAGUAAAACAAAAAAACAACAACUGUAAAAAAAUUAAAAAAAGAUACAUUUACUUGAGACUUGUUUUCAUAGAAUAUGUCUUGAAUUAUUUUUAUUUUUUUGGCAAAUAGCUUUUUCUUGCUUAAGCAUAAACAUAAUUUAAUUUAGUUUGAUUUAUACAGCUGAAUUUAAAAGAAUAUUCAGUGUUCAAUACAAGUUAUGCUCAAAUCAACAUAAUUUAUGUCAUGUUGAUUUCCACCAAAAUAUUUUUGCCUCAUAAUCUCUUAUUUAAAAGUAAAAACUCUGGGUUACAGUGAGGCACUUACAAUGGAAGUGAAUGGGGCCAAUCCGUAAACAUUGCAAUACUCACCGUUUCAAAAGUAUAGUCACAAGAUGUAAACAAUAUGUGUUAACAUGAUUUUAGUGUGAUUAAAGUUAUAUCAACUAUUGCAACAAUUUUAUCAGACUAAAAUCAUCUUUUUUAAUAAAUUAAAUCAAUCGAAAUAAGUUGAAUAAGUCAAAAUUGUUUGUGGUUAUUAUAAUAUAAUUUUAUUCAUUUGAUCCAAAUGACCAAUUCUUUAACUUUUUAUUUUGGUACAAGCUUUUUGCACACUUCAAACUUUGUGUUUUCUGUCAUCAUAUUCACAGUUGUGAUUUGUCAUCAGCAGAUGUUUUCAAAACCAGCUCUGUAUUCAGUGACAUAUUUUAAAGUGACCCAAUUAAACUGGACAUUUUAGAGGCCACAAAGUUCCCCCAACUCUGCCACCUUCUGUCCCCUGCAUUAAACGGCUCAGUGAUUGGCUGCUAUUGUGUGUGUUGGUCAGAUCGCUGAUGGUGUGAAUUGGACUUUUCAGUUCUCAGCCGUUCCCAGUCAUUCUGUCCAUUUGAUUUUUUUGGGUUGGGCUGUUAACACCUACUUUAUGCAUUGACAGUCAUCUCGUAUUCAUUCAGAAGAGUUUAAAGUGUCUUACUGCUCUGACAACCAGUUCCAUGAUCUAUCUGGCAGGAUGAUGGACUUGGCAAAAGGCAUGUAAAUUUGAAUCAUCAAAUCCUUUGUUUUAGUAAUUCAGUAGAUGAAGUUGAUUGGAAUUUAGACGAGAGUUUAGAAGCCAGGUUAGCAGUUUCAUACAACAGAUGUACCAGGAAAAUACAGUUUGCUCCUAUCUUGUGGGAAACUCGAUUUGUAAAUGAUUUACCAGCUGGUCACAAUUUUGUCCACAUUGAAAUGAUGCAGUCUUGCUAGGUUAUACUGGUGAAUCUCAUAAAACCUGUCAAGAACAUGUCCGGGUCAUAUUUUCAACACAAAAAAAAAAAAAAAAAAGAAAGAAAGAAAGAAACUUAUAAUUUAGUUCAUUUUGCAUUAGGAUUUUUGGCAACGUAACAUUAUUUGCACAGUUUUCAGCACAUUCAACCGGGCCCUCCCCCCUCCAAUUAUCAUUACUGCACUCAAAAGCUUUUUUUUUUUUUUGCCUGUAUUUA